AUGGCUUUACCAACUUGGCUCGCUGAUGACAUGAAUUGCGGACAAAAUAACCCAUUAUCGGGUUUUACGAAACAAUUUUCUCAAGAUCGGUCUUUGCAUCAAGAUCGACAUAUUCCACUUGGCGAAGGAUCUUCUAAAAGGACAUUUAGGUCAAAUACAAUUAAAGAAAUAAAAGAUAAUAAAGUAGAUCCUUAUAACCCAUACAAUUUUGAUCGAAUCAACAACGAACUUGAAGUUAUUAAGCAUGAUAUUCGAAGUGAUAAUUGGGCGGAAGAUUUUAUCAAAAAAUCUAAUUCGUCACAAAGAAUUAUACCUAAUCAAGAUAAUUGGGUUUCCGAUUAUGCACAAUUUAAUAAUAUUAAUUCUCUAAAUUUGAAUCGGGAUGAAGUUGCUGCUUUCGAAGAUUCUUUUCUUGUUGCUAAUAAAGUAGAAAUAGAUUGGGAAGCUGAAUUUAAUGCAUACGAAAAAUUGGGGAAUUUUGAAUUUAAUGAACAAAAUGUACAGGAAAAUUCAUGGACAACGGAAUUCCAGCAACAUGAACAACAACAAAAAAAUGAUUUAGAAAUAAAUGGUGAUUCGAAAACUCAAUUAGCUGAAACAGCUGGUCAGUUGAUCGAAUCUGUAGUGAGUGAAACUAAUCCAAAAUUCAAAAACUCAACAUUUAUGAAUUUCAUGAAAAAAUUGAGAGAUCAUGAAAUUUGUAUAGAAGGAAAUAAAGUUGUUGAACAAAAGGAACCAGUUUCUAAGGUUGAUGAUUGGGUAAACGAAUUUAAAGAUAAGUCUCAAGAAUUUAUUGCGGAUUACAAUAAUGAUAAAUCAUCAACGUUGUACAAUAUACAUAAUUUUGAAACGACUUCAAAUAUGAUAGAUUUUGCCUCGGAAUUUAAAAAUUUUAAUGAACUUUCCACAAGGAAGGAUUUAGAUGGUUGGACAAACCAUCUUGAUGAAAAUAUCAAUAACAAUAUAGAUUCACUAUUGCAAGAAUAUGAUUAUGAUUGGAAUAAAUAUCAUCCUUCUAGCACGGGAUAUAAACAUGUGUAA